AUGGACCCGGAGCUGGAUCUGGACGAGGCGACGCUGCUCAAGGCCUAUCGCCUUGACACGCUGGAGCCGCCGGCAUGGACGGACAUUGACGAUAAUGACGGCGGUGCGGCCGGCCCGGUCAACCUCACGACAGAGGAGGCUGACCCACUCGGGCUGCGGGGCACGAUCCAGACGAACCGCAACAUGUCCAAGGAUACGCGGGCGCAGGUUCAUCUCUCGAGCAAGGCAUUCGACCCCAAAGUGUUUCUCUCUACCAUUCAUCCCGAUGCCACCUUUGCCGAUCUUUCGCGGGGCCUCCAGCAGCUGCAGGACAGCAUCGACCAGCGCAGCGGGGCGCUCAAGGUCCUCGUCGAGGACAACUUCGAUCGCUUCGUCGCCGUCAAGGCCACUACAGAUGGUGUCUAUCGCGAAAUGAAAGAGUCGGAGGGUGGACCUCUUCGCGAUGAUGCCGACUACGGUGUCAAGGAGCUCAAGGAGAUUCUUGCCCAAGCCAGCGCGAAAGCCGAUCAGGUCUUUACCCCUGUGCUCGAGAACAACCUCAAGGCAGCCAAGCUGAGGAGCACGCUGGGCGUGUUUGAGCGCUCAAGAUUCUUCUUCAAUCUCCCAGGAAGCCUAAGCGAAGCCGUCGAUGCGGGCCGGUACGAGCAGGCGCUUCGAGACUACAAAAAGGGCAAACACCUCCUCGAUAGCCGGCCCGGCCAGCUCCUUGCAUUCAACACAGCCGCCGGCCAGGCAGGCGACCCCAGAGCGCCCGCCGGUAGCUCGAAGCAGCAGGCACAGCAGAGGCGUGUAUUUGCCAAGGUCUGGGAUGCCGUCGAAAGCACAAUGCAGGAGAUGCGCGAUCGACUCUUUGAGCUGCUGUGCGAGCCGAGGAGAGGCGUGGAGGAACAGGAAAAGACAAUCGAGAUUCUCCUCGAGCUCGAGCCGAGGCGGGAUCCUGUCUCCGUCUUUCUCGAGUCACAACACAACCACAUACGGUCUCUCAUGGCGAAGUCGUUCGAGACUGCCGUCGCAAAGAUUGAGUCGGCCUCCUCGGUCAGCGAGCUGCUGCCAAGAGGCGAGAAGGAGCGAGCACGCGACAUUCAGGCAUGCGUCCGUCAGCUGUCAAGAGCAGAGCAGAGCUUCGACCGCAUGAUUGGAGCACCUGGGUGGAAGGCCAUCCACGAGCUUGUUCGCAGCCUUUCCGAGACCAUCAUUCAGACCUUGCCGAGCUUUUGGCGGGUCUGUAAAAACCUCGUCGACGGGAAAUUGAAGAGCAAAGUGGGUAUUUGGGCUCUUCCAAAGGUCCUCGCGCAGGGGAUCCAGGCGCAAGGGAGAGCGUGGGCAGCAGAAAGUGUGGAAGGAUACAUCAAGAUGUUGGUACAGUUCUUCAAGCUGACCGAAGUCAGCAUCCUCGUAAGGGAACCCCUGUCGCCUCUGCCAAGCUGGGUGCCCAGGCAGACGUGCUCAAUGACGGCCGCUCAUUACAUGCGCCUCACGCUGUCGGAGCUGUCGGAUGUCGUUAAUGAUCUCAAAGCCCUUGACAUUGGCGCCACGCCGAGAAGCUUGUCAAGCCUCGUCACCAAUGCAGGCUUCUGCUUCACAGAAGUUCUCUGCCAACUUUGGCAAGAGGACGCAAAGGUCUUCUAUCGCCUUGAAGAUUGGACGCUCAAUCCAGACGCAGAAGCCACAACGCUGUAUCUGCGCGAGCUUUCUGCUUUUCAGAGGUCCAACCAAAGAUCCGCCUACCUCAUCGCCGGCGGAAAAGACGGCGCUUCCAAGGAUGCCGCCGCGGGCGGCAGAAGUCGUAUCAACUCCGACUUCACAGCAAGAAUCAAGGCCACCUACCUCGAUGCCAUCUACGUCUUUCUGGACGGCAUUGUUCAUUUGGCCUUUCAUGAGUAUGAUCCUCUGGACCCCAACAUGACGACGAGCCAAAAGGUGGUGGCCGACUCGCGCAUGACCGUCGACGUUCAGGAGCUUGACACGAGAAUCCUUCUCAGCGUCACCAAUCUUUCUCGCCUGACUCGAAACAUCGUCCCAACCCUGACCAAGCACUUCCAGGAGCUGUUCCACGUCAAAAUGAGCGAGGAUCUGCGCACGAUAGAUGAGGUUGCUCAGCAGCUGGACCAAAUCCUCUUUGACGACUUUGCCAAGCGAAAGAGCGAGAUGGUGUCGAGCAUCUUUCGCAAGGGCAUCCUCGAGAGCGGCAUCGACUGGCAAACGAUUCCCAAGCCUCUCGAGGUACACCCUUUCAUCUACGAUGCCCUCUUGGCUCUCGUUCAGGUCCAUGCCCAGGUGCGCUCGGUGGCCAAGCCUCUCGUUCACCGCACGAUCUCCACGCUCCUCGAGGACUUGGCCGCCGUUGUCUUGGAUUCCUUCAGCCGGAUAUCCCGAUUCGGAAUGGGUGGGAUGCUGCAGGCGACUCUUGAGAUCGAGUUCACACACCAGACUCUGUCUCAAUACGUCACGCCAAAGUCGGAAAAGCUUCUCAAACAGGUGUAUGAGACGGUGAGCGAAAAGUAUGUUCGCGACCCCACAAGCGAGGUAGAGGCCUCAAUGCUACAACGCGAGCUCGAAGAGGUCAAGAAGACACUCGUGAGCAGCCGCAGGCACACAGCUCUCGAGUUUCUAUGCUUCCGGAGGACACGAGAGAAAGGCGAAAAGGACAAGGAGGGCGCCAAUAGCAGCAGCAGUGGGUCGAAGCACGAGACGCCUCGAGGCGAAGGCUCCUCUUCAUCGAAGAGACGAGAGCAUCGGACGAGGGAAGCACCUACAAGCAAGCCCUAG